AUGGACACCGAACUGCUGCAUCUAGUCAUAGCCUUUUUGUGGGCUUGUCUCUCCGAAACACCAGUCAGUCAAAAACACACGCAAUUCGCUCGCCAGUUCACGAGCCAUGAUGUACUCUACGAAAUAGCCUCAAUGGCCUCUCUUUGCUUUGCCCCCGGUUUACUAGAAGUCCUUAUGAAUGCUACGCCACCACCUUUCGGUUUCUUUCAGAAAUUGCCAACGGAAGAUUACAAACGCUGGGGUAUCUAUCUUGUUCUACUUGAGAAACCAAGUUGCCGCACACGAAUAUAUGUCGGCUCUGGAACAAAUCGACAUUGGGGAGUUUCUUAUCGGUUCGACCAGUACGACAGGGACUGCAAGCUGCCAAGUCUUGUUUCAAAAUCUCUUGAUGAAGGAUACACAAUCGUUCGCAAAGGUUUACUCUGCUGGGCUCCCCUACCAUCUGCUGGCCAGGUGCCUAUCACUCGUCUUCUCUUUAUCGCUCUUGAAGCUGUAUUUACAUACAUGUUCUCGGCCAUGAGUGUGACUUCUCGAGACAAUGUAAUGGGCCACAUUUGUCCUUGGGACCGCGCUACAUUGGAGUACGAUGGCAUAUGUUCUCAUUCUUGUCUUAAGGAAGGCUUCCCCGACAACUUCAAACUCACUGUUGAGCAACUCGAAGCCGACGCUGUCGACAAGGAAAAGAAGCGUGUCGAGUUGAAGGCUAUCAAUGCUAACAACUAUCACCACAAACAAAUGGAGACGAAUUACGAUGAGUACAUGACAGCUGCAAAUGCCCGAGUAGCCAAAUCCAGAGCGUUGAAUCCGGGACGGGAUGCUGAACAUCAGGCCAGACGUAUCGCCGAGAAUCUGGAGAAAAAAACCUACCGUUGUGAGACCACCUACAAUGCUUCUACUCACGACGUGACAUUCGAUGACCAUGGAACCAUCGUCCUCGGCAGUGGCGUCUACAGAAUCGGUAGCUCCGUUGAGUUCGAUUGGUGCGCUGUCAGUGCGACUCUAGCUUUGCGAGAGAUGGGCAAAAAAACUGUCAUGAUCAAUACAGAUAGUGACGUUGCCGACAAAUUGUACUUCGAAGAGUUGAGUUACGAGCGAGUUAUGGACAUCUACGAACUUGAAGCCGCGAGCGGCAUCGUGGUCUCGGUCGGCGGCCAACUCCCACAAAAUAUCGCGCUUCGGCUACAGGAAACUGGCGGCGCCAAGGUUCUUGGCACCGACCCCAAAGACAUCGACAAGGCCGAAGACAGACAGAAAUUCUCCGAAAUUCUGGACAGCAUUGGUGUAGAUCAGCCAGCGUGGAAAGAACUCACAUCUGUUGCUGAAGCUGAGGCUUUCGCCGAUGAAGUCAGCUAUCCAGUUCUCGUCCGACCAAGUUACGUUCUCUCUGGUGCCGCCAUGACUGUUAUUCGUAGCAAGGAUGAGCUUAAGGACAAGCUUGAGGCUGCGAGCAAUGUCUCCCCAGAUCACCCCGUUGUCAUAACUAAAUUUAUCGAGGGUGCUCAAGAAAUAGAUGUCGACGCUGUGGGAUCGAAAGGCGAGCUUAUCAUCCAUGCCAUCAGUGAGCAUGUUGAACAAGCCGGCGUUCAUUCUGGUGAUGCCACUCUGGUCCUACCACCUGCAUCACUCGACCAAACCACAAUGGACCGCAUCAAGGAGAUUGCCGCAAAGGUUGCUAAGGCAUGGAGCAUAACUGGACCUUUCAACAUGCAAAUCAUCAAAGCCGAUGAUCUAGAAGGUGGUCUGCCGGCAUUAAAAGUCAUCGAAUGUAACUUGCGAGCUUCUCGUUCCUUCCCCUUUGUCAGCAAGGUCCUCGGACUCAAUUUCAUCGACGUUGCUACCAAAGCCCUGGUUGGAAAGAAUGUGCCCGAGCCAACCGACUUGAUGGCUGUCAAGCGUGAUUAUCUUGCAACCAAAGUGCCUCAAUUCUCCUGGACUCGUCUUGCUGGUGCCGAUCCUUUCCUGGGUGUCGAAAUGUCAUCCACUGGUGAGAUCGCCUGUUUCGGAAAAGAUCUUGUCGAGGCAUAUUGGGCAUCUCUUCAGGCAACUAUGAACUUCCGUAUGCCAGAGCCUGGAGAAGGUCUCCUCUUCGGUGGAGACAUUUCAAAAGAUUCACUUACCAAGAUUGUGAACUAUCUUUCUCCUCUCGGUUACAAGCUAUAUGCCGCCGAAAAGGAAGUUAAGCAGUUCCUCGAGUCUAGCUCCGAAGGCAGUAUCGAGGUAGAGGUUAUUGAGUUCCCCACCGAGGAUAAGAGAGCGCUGCGUGAGGUGUUCCAAAAAUACGAUAUUCGUGGAGUUUUCAACCUUGCUCAAGCUCGAGCAAAGACCGUUCUUGAUGUUGAUUAUGUCAUGCGUCGAAACGCAGUUGAUUUUGGUGUCCCUCUCUUCAUGGAGCCUAAGACAGCUGAACUUUUCGCACAAUGCAUGAGUGUCAAGCUUCCCCGAAAAGAAGGUAUCCCAGGCGAAGUUCGUAGAUGGUCUGAUUUCAUUGGUGGCAAACCAUUGUAG